UGUUAUACAUGCUAAAACAACAGAGAAAGCAAAUUACCAAACCAUGUUCAUUAUUAUCUUAAAUAAAUGUAAAGAGUUUUACAUAUUCCGUAAAAGUUAAACAACUGCGAUUGAGGUGCAAUGAGGAUUCAUCCAUUGCUAUAAUUAACACACCCCACGAGGUGGCGGUAAUGCGCCAUUAAAGAUAGUUGACAACCACCAUUAAAACGAAAGAAGAAGAAGCAGCGCGUGAAUGUGGCGCGAAAAAAGCCCAGCGCCAACCGCCAGAUUCCAGAAAGCUCUUCACGACUCAGAAAGCAGCUGUGUAAAGCAAUGGUAUACGCACGGGCUGUUUGGGUGGAGAAUGGGAAGCAGAUGGAAGGAGUUUUGCCAUUGAACUGGAUUGACACAGAGACCAAAGUGGUGCGAUGGCCUCUAAAAAACGUGUCUGUGGCACAUAAGCACCUUUUACAACCAGAAGAGGACUGGUUAAGCUUUGAAUUUGUAAAAGUCAAAGUGACAUCAGUAAGCCGACAGGAGUGUGAAAAAUAUAAUUACACCUCAGCUCAAACCGAAGAGGAGGACACAGUCAGUCAAAAGAGAAUGAAGAAAAGAAGGAAAUUUGAAGAUUAUGUUCAAGGGUCAGAUUUGUCUCCUGAGGAGGAUGAGUCAUUGCCAGACAAGAAAAAGGAGGAUACAGUGUUGCUUCCGGUUCCUCCGCCAAAAAUUAAGGGACAAAAUGCAAUGCUGCUCGAGUUACCUGCACCCCCAGAACUGGCUAACACCACCAUUAGACAACCAGAGAGUCCUGCAUCUUCAGACAUUUCUGGAUGUUCUUGUCCAACGCAUCACCGUUCGCCCACAAGGUCUGAAUCAUUAGAAGCAUUUAGUCCAGAGUCAGACAGGUCUAGGCGUUCUCGCACACCUCAGCGUGGAGUUCAAAAGCAAUCACAGUUCGGGAGCAGAAAAGGUCGGGCAUCCUCAUCCAGGUCUAGGCGUUCUCGCACACCUCAGCGUGGAGUUCAAAAGCAAUCACAGUUCGGGAGCAGAAAAGGUCGGGCAUCCUCAUCCAGAUCUAUAGGGUCUCGCACACCUCAGCGUGGAGUUCGAAAGCAAUCACAGUCCGGGAGCAGAAAGAGUCGGGAGUCCUCAUCCAGAUCUAGGCGUUCUCGCACACCUCAGCGUGGAGUUCGAGAGCAAUCACAGUCCGGGAGCAGAAAAGGUCGGGCAUCCUCAUCCAGAUCUAGGCGUUCUCGCACACCUCAGCAUGGAGUUCAGAUGCCAUCAGAGUCCGAGAGAGGCUUAUUCCCCAUGUCUCAAGCUAAAUACCAGAAGUCAGUGCUUGGAAAGCUUGUAGAAAUUCUUGAUGAGAUAAAAAGAGUCGGAAGGCACUAUGAGCCACUGAAUUCUGCUGUCCAUGUUGCUAGGCUAGAAACCUUUGAAGAUUUUGCAGAAGAAGAGGCACGUCUCAAGGAACGCAACCUCUGGGAACAAAGGGUGUCCCAGCUCUCAAAGGUGGGAGGGAGGAAUAACAAAGACUGCGUCCAUAAAGUAAUGGACAGGCUUUUCACCAACAGCCUAAUGGCUGCUUUCAACAUGAAGGGGCGGGGUCGCAGUGAGAAAAAAGCCUUCCAGGAUACCGUUCAUUACUCUGUGGUAAAAGCCGCAGUAAUGAAGUGGAGUAAAACCGCCACAGAAGUGGAAAUCAGGGCUGCCAUGGCUGAGACACUUAAACAUGCUCCAGGGAGAGCUGGAGGUGGAGGUCGCAAAGUUUGAACUUUUAGUGUACAUUUUCUUUCUUAGAGUUGUUUUGUUGACUCUUGGAAAGUGAACUGUGUUGGUUACUGGACCCCGACCUAUGUUUACUGGACUGACUCUUAUGUGAAAUAUCUGUGUUGGUUACUGGACCGACCUAUGUUAAUUGCACUACUCUAAUGUGAAAUCUGUGUUGGUUACCGACUGUUUGCACUAUUUAAAAUGUGCUGUUUUAAUUAAUAAAGUGAUUAUAUGCUAACCCUUUAAAGCUUUGUUUCAUUCAU